UUUCUCUUAUCUCCAUGGUUUAAGUUAAUUAUGACAGUUGUAGUUCAACACCAUACAAACGUUGUGGCAUUUUAACUGCCCUUUUACUCAGUUUUUGUUACGACUUUCGGUGGGCCAAUGUGGCCAAUGUGUUCACGGGAAUUAUCUUUCAUGCUCAUAAAACAACAGUGAAGCAGCGUUCUACCUUGAUGUGUUAAAGGAAGUAAUGCAGGGAGUUCACUAGCUAAGCGAUUUGUACCUUGGAGGUUGUGUUGAUAUUUGGAUAUAAGUGUUAGGCCUAUGGAAGACUCAGGGUCCGUAUUUAUGUAGCAUGAAAAAAAAUUGUGUAGUAUUUCCACUAUUACUUCCUCUUAAAUGAAAAUGGAACUAAAUAUAUUAUGGAUUUUUCUUCUUUGUUUAAUGCAACGUGGAGCGCAUGCAGAAUACAAAGUUGUUGGAGAGACCACAGAUGUCGAUUUGCUGAAGAAGUCACCUUAUUCACAGAAGGUACACAUAAAGAAUGGUCUACGAUACAAAGUGUGGACAUUUGAUGAAAACAGUAUUGAACCAACAGUGUUCAAAAACUUACAUAAAGUAUUUAACAAAAGAACUAGAGAAUUGACAUUAGAAGCUGCCGGCUUCUCAAAUAAACAGUCAUAUUCUACGUUGUUUGGAUUUUAUUUAACAUACAAACAACUGCCAUUGCUUGAAGUAAAUUUAGACAUAAGAAAAAGAAAAGUUAUAUUACGUUACCAAGGAGCUACGUCUUUUCAACGGGUUACUUUGCCAGUUGAAGAGCUACGAGAUUGGCGUUUAUUGUCCUUCGCUGUGAAUAGAACCCACUUCUCAGUAACUUCAGGGUGUGCAGUAGAAAGAUCAGUGAGACUUAAUCAGAAAGUUACGAAAAUCCCUAAAAGAGCAUUUCUAGUAAUCGGAAGUGACAAAUCUGGAGGGAACAGAUUUGGUGGAUCGCUCCUGAAGGCUGUAUUGCACCCAAGGUACCUGCAGAAGACAGAACUCAGCUGUUUUAACCAAGUUGAGGUGGGAGGUGGUUAUGAGACUGGAUACGUGAACGAUGAGGCUGUACACGCGGACCGAAUCCUUCUUCUGGAACAACAAAUCACUCUCCUUAACAACCUUGUCAACAAACUCAAGGCACAGAAUGUUGAGCUCACUGCCCAGGUUGGGGAUCUUCAGGAACAGUGUGGAAGCGAAGAUCCGUGUAAUGGGGAGUGUGAGUGGGGAGGACGCGUAUAUGACCAAGGAGAAACAUGGAGCCCAGACACCUGCACUGUGUGUGUUUGUAAGAACCGUUUCCCAGACUGCCUGGUGAGAACUGAUGUGCCAUCAUGUCAAACCCCAUGUAUGACCAGUCCAUGUCAGAACUACGGUCAGUGUGUGUCCGUGAACCAGUCCAGUGUUGUUGCUGAUGACUUCCUGUGCGUGUGUCCAUCUCCGUAUGACGGGCAGUACUGUGAGCAAAAGGAGAACCCAUGUGUGUGGCCCCAGAACCCGGGUAUCUGUGACCAGAACCUUCUCCGCUACUACUAUGAUAUGGACCUGCAGGACUGCCUGCCCUUCAACUACACUGGUUGUGGAGGUAAUGUGAACAAUUAUGAGAGCCUGGAGGAGUGUCGGGCACUGACCCUGAUUGGGGCGUGCUGUUUCCGUAGUUACUCCAUCCGGACAGAGGAUGUUCUCAUCAGCUCACAACAGGAAGUCUUCGGCUGCAAGGAGAUAAGCCUAUCCGAGUGUCAGAUGACACACAGACAGCUGGUUGGAGACAAGAGGAUUGAGGUGAUCUCGUUCUUUCCAAACAUCACAUGCCAGACGGCCGGGUGUGGGCAGCGAGUGAGUGCUGAGUGUCGGAUAGAUGACCGCACAUACAAGGUCGGGGAACGUGCGAUACUUGGCUGUCAGGAGUGCACUUGUGAGCGGUCAGGGCAGUUUGUUUGCAGCUGUGUACAGCGUGCAGUACGGAAGGAGAUUCGAUCGAUGUCAGCUACAGAAUUGGCACAGUUUCAAGCCGCGAUCCAGGAGCUUCGUCUUGUUGGCCCUGACAACCCCUGGGACGAAUUCCGUGAUCUCUAUAUGCGGCACACCAUGCACUCGAAUGGUGGGCCUUACUUCCUGCCCUGGCACCGUCUGUUCCUACGAAAACUUGAACAGAAGCUACAGCAGAUUGAUUGCAGUAUUACUCUCCCAUAUUUUGACUUCUCGACAGAUGUGGGUAGUUUUGAAGAAGCAAUUAUUUGGCAACCAAAUUACUUUGGAGGGAAUGGUGUUAUAGACAGCUGCGUUCCAGAUCAUCAGUUUGGGUUGCCCGGUUCAUGGAGACCUUGCAUCAAGAGAAACUUCAACACAAAGGUCAAGUUACCAUCUUUACUAGAGCUAUCACUAGCUCUUGCCAGUGAGGAUUACACUGAGAUGAGCAUGUGUCUGGAGUCAUACGUCUCGUACAUUCACACAUACAUUGGAGGGGACAUGUCGACAAGAGCCGCUCCUUACGAUCCCAUCUUCUACUCCAUCCAUGCAUACAUUGAUAUGCUGUACUGGCAGUGGCAGCAAAAGCCAGGAAACAAGUUCAAGUACCCUCCAGCAUUUGGGAACAUUCCCAUGGUGCCCUUCAACGUGCCACCCAGUGCCAUCUUUGACCUGGAAAACGACCUUUGUGUCACCUACCUCUGGCCGGGACAAGGUUCCCAGUGCAACUACACGAGUGACAGUGAUGAUGGGGACCGUGACAGAGGGGACGUUAUUCCUGAGGGGGCCACAGACUUCACUGGAGGAUUUAACUCCCUUGGUUACGAUGCCAAGGGAUAUGACCGCAGAGAGUUUAAUAAAUAUGGAUACAAGAAAAAUGGAUACAAUCGUGAUGGAUAUGAUGUUGACGGUUAUGACACUGAUGGUUACAGCCGGUUUGGUUAUGAUCGUGAUGGUUACAGUCGCUAUGGUUACGACAUAGAGGGUUGGAAUAAGGAUAACAUGCAGGAUUUGUCGGGAAGAUAUGACGCGUACGGUUACGAUGUUGAAUGCCUUGAUAUAAGAGGCUACACUAGGGCUGGUUAUGACAGGUAUGGGUUUAACAGUCUAGGGUAUGACAGAGAGAGAUGUAAUAUAUUCUACAAGGGCCCGUUCGCCCCACUCCAGUCUCGGCAGAUAUGGGACAUCCUGCUACGCCAACCCAAAGCCUUCCUGAUGAGCCUGUCCCGCACUUGCCCCGGGCUCGAGCCUCUCCCCGUCAACUGGCUACAACAGUACUGGAUCACUGAUAUCAAGGACGUCUCUGAUAUGGUGACAGAAGAUCGUAGCUCCAGUCAUGUCAAGAAUUCUGCCAGGUUCUGUUUUGACAUUGAUGACUUUGUCACACCAUGUCAGUGUGAUGCCGACAUAGGUGUGUGCACAGUAAACCCAUGUCAGACAGAGACCUGCCCCUCGUACCCUGAAGCCUCGUGUAGACUUGACUUCUGUGGCUCAUGCAGUGCUCGCUGGCUCGUCAACGGGAAAUAUGUGGACUGCUAUGAAAAGAGAGAUUUCUGUUUGCCGAACCCAUGUGAGAAUGGGGGUACAUGUCAGCAGUCCAUCUGGCCCUCAGAGCCCCAGCUGACUACGUGUCUAUGCCCGCCCGGCUUUGACGGUCACUACUGCCAGUAUACUGCCCUUGAUGUCUGUGAACUGCCCCGCAGUACAGGGGACUGUUCUAAACAAGAGACCCGCUGGUUCUUUGACCGACAAACCCAGACAUGCAAGUCCUUCAUAUACACGGGUUGCCGUGGCAAUGCUAACAACUUCCGAUCGAAGGGAGGGUGCGAGGCCCGAUGCAGGAUUGGGGCUUGUUGUUACCGGUACCCAAAACAAGAUGGUGCCCUGAUUGGCUAUGAUCUGGAUGGAUAUGACAUGUACGGGUUUGACGUAGAUGAUCGGAACAGGCGUGGCGAUGUGAGGCUUGAGUACACUGGAAUCAAAACAGGGACAGGCAGAUUUGGGUCUUCCAGAUACGACUGGCUUGGAUUUGACCGUAAUGGCUACGACAUAGCAGGUUAUGACCGUUGGGGACUAGACAAGGGAGGUUACUCAAGGGACGGGUAUAACCUCACGGGGUAUGAUCAAUCUGGGGAAUAUGACGGCAUGGUUGACUAUGACAAGAAUAACUAUGAUGCGGAGGGCUACAAUAGGGCAGGUUAUUCAUGCUCAGGUUCUGACCGUUCAGGCCUGAAUGCCUGGGGCGUGUACACAGAGUACACGUACCGGUGUCGGACAGCGACCUUGGCACAGUGCCAGGGUAUAGAGGACGGGCGCACUAGAGUCAUCAAGUUCUCCCGCGGGCAGCAGUGUGAUGAUGUAGCUUGUGAAGAGCAAUGUGGCUGCUCAUAUAAUGACAAAACAUACAGGUUUGGGGAGACGUUUAUGGGCGGUUGCGAGCUUUGUAAAUGUACAUACUCAGGUGCAGUGGAAUGCUCUUGUAGUGUUAUAAACCGCAGAAAAGAGAUACGGGACAUGAGCAAAGAAGAGCUGAAGAUGUACCAACACACCAUCAGAGAACUGAACAAGAUGGAAUUACCCUCCAAGUGGUAUACGUUCAGCCAGAUGUAUGCUGACUACAAAGCCCAGGCAGUAGGAAACUCUGCCUCACUUCUCUGGAACCGAUUCUUCUUACGAGAGGUUGAGAGGAGGCUACAGGAGAAUGGUGAAUGUUCCAUCAGAAUACCGUAUUAUGAUUGGACAGUGAAUGCUGGAGAUCAACAGAGGGCUCGGGUUUGGUCGGCAGAGAUAUUUGGCGGGAAUGGACAAGGCAUUAAUGACUGUGUGCAGUACCAUCCGUUCAAGGACUAUUACCCACCUAGCUGGGUGCCCUGUCUGAGGAGGAAGUUUAACACCGAUCAGCCUCUACCAGAUACCAUAGACAUACAGAACGCUCUUAAUGAGCCAGAUUAUGACAAGUUUAGGCUUAAUAUGGAACUGUUUCUGGCAAUGUUUAAAUCCUGGGUUGGCGGGCACAUGGAUUCAGACAGAAGCCCUUAUGAUCCAUUGUACUUGUCAGUGGCUGCUUUCAUUGACAGAUUAUUCUGGGACUGGCAAAAUAAACAUGAAGGUGCGUUCCUUAACUACCCACAAAAGCUGAGGUAUAUUCCCAUGAUGCCCUUCAGAGUAACUCCAGAUGAUGUUAUGGACAGUAAGAAACAGCUGUGUGUCACAUACUUCCCAUUGUCUGAGGGUGGUGCCUGUGAAAUUACCCAGCCAAACCUUGGGUACAACUCUAUGGGGUAUGACAGGCAUGGGUUUGAUCGUGAAGGAUACGAUAUUGAGGGCUAUAAUGUGUACGGAGUGAACAGAAAUGGUGAUCAGGACUCUAGGGGUAUUUAUAAUGUGUAUGGAUUUGACAGGCAAGGUUACAGGAGAAAUGGUUAUGACUCAAUGGGUCUUGAUAAGUUUGGGUUUUCUGAAGAUGACUACAACAUUGAUGGCUAUGAUUCCAAUGGCUAUGACAAAUUUGGCUAUGAUAGAUAUGGAUUUGAUCGCUCUGGUGUGACUCCCUUUGGUUUUCACAGAAAUGGGACACUUCUUGCAUAUAAACCACCGACAACUUUUGAUAGCUAUGGCUUCAAUAGGUAUGGCCUUGACCGAUAUGGACAGAAUCGUUCGAGGUAUGACAUUUAUGGAUUUAAUACAAGAGGCUAUGAUGGAAACAACUGUAAUCGCUACUUCCUGGGGCCGAUGUUGAUCCUGAUCAAGCGUUGGGCCGAACUGGAAGUGGAUAACGUGGAUGAUAAAACUAUCCGUAUAAUCACAAGGAUCUGUCCUGCACUCCAGAAUCUGCCCGAAUGGAGGUACACUGUUAACUGGUUGCGGCGUGACUCCCAGCUUCCCCUGAUUGAGGGGAUUGUGGGACGGGCCCAGGAGCGGGCACAGGGCAAGGUACCGGCCAUGAGGGAAACCAGUGUGACCAGUGAAGGGCUCUGGCUGCCUCUUGCACCUGACAGGAGCCUGUGUUUUGUGACAUACUACUACACUGAGUGUCCAUUCGGCGUGGCCCCAUUGGAAUGUAGUGAGAAGCUCUGUCAGGACCGCAGGUGUCCAGGGUUCCCCGAUGCAGUGUGUCGCGUGAACCGAUGUGGCGGAUGUAAGCAUGAGUGGUACAAUGGGCUCACGGGAAAUCUGGUCCCAUGUACAGGGUGUGUGGAUCGUGCGGGUGUGGAGCGGCUCCAGGGAACAAGCUGGGCCUCCUCAGACUGUGAGACUUGCUCGUGCCAGGAAGGGCUCGUAACAUGUGUGGAGACGAGCUGUCCUCCUGUCACCUGUAGCCACCCGGUCAAAAUACCCGGCAGAUGCUGUCUCCAGUGCAAUGACUGUGAAUAUGAUGGAAUCCUUGUGCGAGAUGCUCAGACAUUCACCCCGAAUGAAGCUAUGUGUAACCGAUGCACGUGCAGUGAGGGGUCAGUGACCUGUGCGCACGUGGACUGUCCCAACCUGGGCACAUGCUCCUCCCAGACGACCCUGGAGGGGGAGUGCUGCCCGACAUGCCUCGACUGCGGGGAUCGACAAAAUGGAGACUCCUGGCGAGAAACUGCAUGUCAGCAGUGCACAUGUGUGUUUGGAAGUGUGGAAUGUGAACGUAUCCAGUGUAUCCCGCCCGACUGCAGCCAUCCACGCGUCCCGCCGGGAGAGUGCUGUGCCACAUGUGAUGAUUGUAGGGUAGAUGGCCGUGACUUAAUGGAGGAUCAAUCCUACAUGCAGGACCAAUGUACUCAGUGCCUGUGUAGGGACGGAAAUGUACGGUGUGACCCGACCCCCUGCCCGCGCUCCACAUGUCUUAACCCCAUCACACCCCCAGGGGAAUGCUGCCCCAGAUGUGAUAAUGCAUGCCAGUACCUGGGUAGGGUAUACCAGCACAGUCAGUCAUUCGAGUCUCCAGAGGAUCGAUGUAUGACUUGCACGUGCGACAAUACAGUGGUGCGCUGUGUGCCAGUCGCGUGUCUGCGGAUGGACCUGCCCUGUCAACGUCCUAUUACCCUCCCUGGCCAGUGCUGCCCCACACAGUGCCCCACGUGUUUUGCUGAGGGUCGAGAAUAUGAGACUGGGGAGAGGUGGACAUCAUUGCUGGACCCGUGUGAGACGUGCUUGUGUGACGAGGGGGUCCCCUCCUGCACCCGCCAGGAUCGUUGCCCUAGGGAGUGUCAGCACGGAAUCACAAUGCCUGGACAGUGCUGCUCUGACUGUACUGACUGUAUAUAUCUGGGGUUGAGUGUGCGGGAUGGUCAGACAUUUGUUCGCCCUGGGGACAACUGCCAGCAGUGCAUGUGUAAUGGGGGAGAGGUGACAUGUCGUUCCUUGGGGCCAUGUCCCCGUCUGCCGUGCAGAGUAACAGAGACCCCUCCUGGAGCCUGUUGUGCACAGUGUGUUACCUGCAGUUACGAGGGACGUGGCUAUCGCCAUGGUGAUGUUGUGUUCUCUGAUGACUGUUCCACCUGUACAUGCAUGGACGGUGAAGUUGACUGUGAGCGUGUGCAGUGCCCAGCGGUUUCAUGUCGUGCUCCUGUCAGUGUCCCGGGGGAGUGUUGCCCUGUGUGUCGCCAGUGUGACUACCGGGGGCGGAGCUACGAGGAUGGAGAGAGGUUCACACCCUUCAGGGAACCAUGUCUACAGUGUGUCUGUGAGGGCGGUGAGGUGAACUGCACCAGUCGAGAAAAUGAGUGCCCCCUGUCACGAUGCACACACCCACUCCGAUCCUACACUGAGUGCUGCCCCAGCUGCAAUGGGUGCACAUACCUACGUAAACGCUUCCGUAACGGCCAGAAGUUUGUCCCACCAGGGAAUGACAACUGUAAAGUGUGCAGAUGCUUUGCCGGUUCAGUUGAGUGCAGCACAAUGGGUUGCCCGCCGGUAAACUGUGAUAAUGCCGUGCUGGUAAAGGGCCAGUGUUGUCCAGUGUGCCCAAUGGGAUGUAACGUGAUGGGUAUCGAGUACAGGGAUGGACAGACAUUCAACGACUUCAUGGACAGGUGUCAAGUCUGUACUUGCAUGAUGGGGCAAAUCCGGUGUAUGGCCAUGAUGUCUUGUUCCCCUGUCACGUGCACCCAUCCGGCCAACCGUCCUGGCAACUGUUGUCCAUCCUGUACAAUGUGCGAGUUGAACAGCGUGCAGUACAGGAACGGCGAGGUGUUCACGAGCCCACACAGCGUCUGUCAGGAGUGCACAUGCAGGGAUGGUUCAAUCACAUGUGAACGUAAGCGUGUUCUGUGUGCAGAAGUGAACUGCCUCGAUCCAGUUCUUGACCCGGACACCUGCUGUCCCCGUUGUCAGGCCCAGACCUGCAUGUAUGCUGGGCGCCAGUACGGGCAGGGGCAGGUGGUGCCCGCCUCCCGGAAUGCGUGCGAGGAGUGUAGUUGUGUUGGUGGGAUGAUUGACUGUGCCCGCAAGGAGUGCCUUCCUGUGACAUGUAGAAACCCGGGCCGGGAAGCAUGCUGUGAGACCUGCCAGUUCUGUGAGUACAACUCUAUGCGGUUUGAGCUGGGUGAGCUGUUCCCGAGUCCGGCUGAUGCGUGCGAGGAUUGUGUUUGCCAGGCAGGCUCUGUUGAGUGUCUACGACGAGUGUGUGCCAUCCCAAACUGUAGUAACCCCACCUACAUGCCCGGGGAGUGCUGCCCAGUCUGCUUAGAUUGCACAUACCAGGGUUUGCAGUUUUCUGAGGGAGAAGAUUUCUAUAAUCCCUCGCGACCCUGUGAGCGCUGCAAUUGCAUGUCGGGAAAAGUGGCCUGUGAUGAUCGGAUGUGUCCAUAGGCUAAAAACAAUUCAUCUGGAAUGGUCAUGAUGCAUUCAUGCCAUGCAGAAUUGCAGCUCACUUUAGUAAAUAUGCACUGGUGGGAAAAAUUUAAACUUAUUAAUUUUUACAUGUUUCUUUAAAAAAGAAAUCCCACUAUAAUGUGUUUUGAAAUAAUUUCUCAUGUACAUGAAAAUAUAUUAAAUAUUGAUGAAAAAAGACCAUGUAUUCUUAUACCGUGCUCUUUCCAUGUUAAAAUAAACUAUUAGACUUAAAAAGAACUCACAUUUGUCAAUAAUGAAUUACAAAAUUCAUGUAUGCUAUGUACGUUUUUUGUGUUUUAGAUGAGUUUUGCAGAUGAUGCCUUUAUUUUCACUGUUGUUAUUAUUAUAACAAAGCAAUGUUAUCGAGAGUGAGACGUUUGCAUAUUAAGGGCCAGUUAACCAUCAUUACACACACACACAUAGAGGAGAAUUCAUCUAUUACUUUUUAUCAUUAGUGUAUGCAGAUAUACACCUAUGUAUUUUCUGUAUCACUGUAUUUGUAUGCCCAUAUGUGUAACCUUGUGAAUACUCAUUGUCUGCAUGUCAUGGUAUUGCUGUACAUUUAUCUAAGUUAUGUUGUAAAUUGUUGUUUGAACAUAGAUUCUGAUUGUUGUUGUUUUUUUCAAUGUAGCAUAAUUCAUAAAUGUAUAUAUUAAAUCAUUUCAAAUUUGAUUGCAAGUUGCAUGUAAUUUUGGAUUUGGUUCUUAACUUAAUUAAUAUACCCUUGUUCUGUACCAUAUAGAAAUAAACAAAUAAAUAUUAUUUGUAAUAAAAUAAUUCAUUCAAUUUCAUUAUUUUAUAAAUCAUCUGGCCCCAAUUUCUCGAAACUUCUUAAGUUUGACAGGCUUAAGUAGCUUAUUUCAAUUAGAUAAAAUAUAUACUGAAAUUGAAUUUUGAUAAAUGAAAAAUGGUUCAUUAGAUCAUCAUAAAUAUAACUCCUAUGCGAAGAAUAAAACCUCUUUAAGAAGUUAAUAUUAUGCAAAUUAUUAAAGAACAAAAAUAGUGAGUUUAGCUUAGUCCUGUUAUAAUGGACUUACGAAGUUUCGAGAAAUUGGGGCCUGAUCUGGGAGAAGGGUUGUUAUUGGUCCCAGAUUUGAUUCAUAAAAGAAAUAAAGAAGUAUGUUAGAACAGCACAAGUGCCAAAAUUGAAAUAAAUAGUUGAUAGACUUCAAAGAGAAGGUAUUCCAUCCUUCAUUAGGAUGCCUUGUAGGGUUUCGCUUAAGCAAUAUGUGCGUUGAAAAUUAUAUGUACAAAUAGUAUGUGUAUUUUAUAAACUUUAGGUUUUUCCAUUCCAGAGGAGAAAAAAAUGACUUUUAAUUGAAUAUAUCAAUAUGCAGUUGCAAUUAUUGAGUGUUUAAUAUAACUUUGAGAAUUUAUCUACUUCUUUUACUUAAAAGAAGAUUGAUAUAAUCUUAAUCAGCAAACUAAUCCUAUUCCAAUGAUAACAAUAUCACAUGGGGUUACCUGGCAACAGACUAUAUCAUUGUAGUCAAUGGGACUAGGAAAAGCAUAGCUUAAUGAUGGAUAGCGUACCUUUUCUUCCAAUACAAGUCGUGUAAUGUAUGCAUGAAUUGAACUAUGAUGGAGUGUGACCAGUAACACUUGAUACCUCAUACAUGUUUGUAUUCCAUAUGUUUUGUACUUUUGUAUUUUUGUAUUCUAUGUAUUGUACAUUUUAAAAUAAACCUGU